UCAAAUUGCUUAACCAGAGAUCCAUCAGCAAGUCCAGCCUCAAUUUCUCUGAUUGAAAAGAGCGCUUCUGUGUCCGAUAUUAGAGCUUUCCUGGGACCAUUUCCAGAAGGGGAUUUUACUUUAACUACUGUUGAACUUCCAAACCGCGGUUUGGGAGUUACUUUAGGAGGUGAGUUUUGA